AGAGAAACGGAAUGUGCUAGAUUAUUACGCAGAGCAUAAUGACAUGAAGCCACAAUUAAGUCCUUCUAUCCUGGCUUUUCACCUGACAAAUUUGAAACUCGUUGAACACUAAUUAUGUCGUGGCGCCGGAAUCGUGGGAAGAUCGAAGAACUUAGCAGUCAAAAGGGAGGGGCUAGCAAGCGCAAAACGCGAAGCGUUGGUUUGGGAACCAUUUUGUCCAAACAAGACGAGGAGAAACUAGUGAGGUGGGUAAACGAACUAAGGGACGAGGAUGUACCUGUUACAGCUACGAUGCUGCGUAUUCAGGCACAAGAUGUUGCUGUCCGUGCUGGCAUCACGAAGGGUCGUGGUGCUGGCAAGACCACUUUAAACAACGCCAUCAUCUAUCACUUCGCUGCAACACGUGACAAGGGCAAGUUCAACCUCCGGAACUAUCAAAAAUUGUCGAAGAUUUUGCAAGAGUAGUGAAAGCUAAAGCGACUGAGAUCGACGCAACACGUAUUUUUAAUGCGGAUCAGACAGGUUUUUUUUUUUUUUCAUCUUAUAACGCAUGCUUUGUUAUUAUUUAAUUUUUAUAUAUAUUCUGCAG